AAAUUAUUAAUCUAUAUUUUAUUUAUUAUAUGUAGUAAUGAGCUAAACUGAUGAUAAAUUUGAAUAAAAAACCAAAGUUAGUGUAAGUAUACAAAUAUUAUCACGAGUAAUACACAUUCAAAUAAUAAUAAUAGUUUUAGUAUAAAUAAAAUUUGUAAUAAAUAUAUUGACCGUAAAAUGUUAUUGCUCUCUCCAUCUUUACGAAUAUGUUUCAAGAGUUAACGUUCAUUUCAGCAAUAUGUUAUGUUCUCAAAUUGUCUGAGGCUCAUUUUUUACACGGCGACAAUAAUUACCAUCAUCUAGUAGAAAAUAAAGAGGAAUUGGUAAAUUUUAUUAAGUCACUGGGACCUGGUGAUGCGUACAAAUCCGCGAAUAAUUCAGAUGACGCAAACGACGAAGAAAAAGAGAAAAAAUUGCAGACGAUGCUCUGGUUGAUAAAAAAGAAUUUUAAUGCUCAAAAAAAUUUGGAUUUUAUACAGAAUAAUCCCCUAAAUUCGGGUGCCAGAGUUUAUUUCCUCAAUAACCCUGCUGUUUUGAAUGAAUAUAUGAGACAUCGGAAAAAAAUGCGACGGUUCUCAAAUCAAAAUACGCGAAAAGUUUUAAGGAGGAAAGGUAAUUUAAAAAACGUACUAAGAAAUAUCAGACGAGACGCAAUGUUUAGAGUCGACUCUAUCGGUUCGGAUGGCGUGGACGCUGUUAUAAAUAAAAUGUUAAAAUUCAAACCAAAAAAUACCAAAUUUAAACCGAACAGAUCAAACAAUCCAGAUGUACAUGAAAAAAGUGGAGAUCAGAUUUUAAAUAGAGACUUUGCUGACGAGAACGCGGAACAGGAAGUAAGGAAGACAAGAUAUCAGAAGAAGACACGUGGAAAUAUACUUUCAGACGAUGAUUACAGACCACAAAAACACAACAGGGACGACGACGCCAAAGACACUAACAAAAAUGUCAGAAAAAGAAAGAAAUACGCCGAUGAUACCAUAAACAACGAUCUAUGGGAGACCAAAGUUGUGAGUUGGGAUAAAACUACCGCAAGAGAUUAUUCGAAUGAGUAUAAAAACAAAAAAUCUCACAAAGAAUCACAACACCAAAGUUACAAAGCAUUUCAGGAGAAAAGGAAACCUAGUUACGAUCCUAAGAAGGAAUACGUUAAAAAUGAUUUCCAUCUAUAUGGACGGACUUCGAUACCGUUCAUCGGGAAAAGAGGAGUUUUUGAUGAAAAAUAAGUACCCUUUAGAACAUCUCUUUAACCUAUUGCGAUGGAAAGGAUAGUUAUGUUAUUUGUUCGUGUUUAAGAAACGUUUAAAUGUGAUAUAAGAAUAAAUGAAGUGUGUAUGUUCA